CUAGGGUUUUCGAUCUUUGUCACAAUAGAGUUACUUAACCCUAGAGCGAGAGAGCUUAGAAGCUGAGAGCCGCACCCUCCUCUGUGACUCAUUAGCCAUGGCUGAUACAGUCGCUCUGGAAGCUGAUCCCACCCAGCUUGAUGUCAAGCUCUUCAAUAGGUGGAGCUUCGACGAUGUUCAGGUUACUGACAUCUCUCUGGCUGAUUAUAUUGGAGUUGUGCCAUCCAAGCAUGCAACCUAUGUUCCUCACACUGCUGGUAGGUACUCGGUCAAGCGUUUCAGGAAAGCCCAGUGUCCUAUUGUUGAGAGGCUCACCAACUCUCUCAUGAUGCACGGUAGAAACAAUGGGAAGAAACUCAUGGCUGUGAGGAUUAUUAAGCAUGCGAUGGAAAUUAUCCAUUUGCUGACUGAUCAGAAUCCCGUUCAAGUUAUUGUUGAUGCUGUCAUCAACAGUGGUCCCCGUGAAGAUGCUACUCGAAUUGGCUCUGCUGGAGUUGUUAGGAGACAGGCUGUGGAUAUCUCGCCUCUUCGCCGUGUUAAUCAGGCAAUCUAUCUUCUAACCACAGGUGCACGUGAAGCUGCUUUCAGAAAUAUUAAGACCAUUGCUGAAUGCUUGGCCGAUGAACUUAUUAACGCAGCAAAAGGUUCAUCCAACAGCUAUGCUAUCAAGAAAAAGGAUGAGAUAGAGAGAGUCGCCAAGGCCAAUCGUUAAGCAACUUUUGGAAGUAGUUGCUAUUAAGAAAAAGGAUGAGAUAGAGAGAGUCGCCAAGGCCAAUCGUUAAGCAACUUUUGGAAGUAGUGUUAGUGAUGAGAAAUAUUGUUUUGGUCUUUGUACUUCAUUAAUUAUAAGCUUUGUUAUUUUAAACAGGGUGUAAUACUUUUGCUGGUGGGUUUUUUUUACUGUUCUUGUUGGAGGAUUAACAUUUCAUGAACAAUUUUGUUGCUUAGACGAUGAUUUGUUUUCCAAAGAUCAUUUCAGGGUAUUAUGGUUUU